AUGGCGCCCAAGACGACGCGCGUCAAGACAGGGAAGGGACGGGACGAUGCGGAGGAUGGCGGGGGCGAGCGCCGCGGGCCCGCCGUGGUGCCGCGCAGCCUGGACCUCGUCGAGCUGCUCCGUACGGGCAAGGACUCGUCCGUCAUCGCCGCCGCCGGCUCGAUCGAGUCCCUCGCGUUCGGCGACGAGCAGCGAGACAUGCUGCUCGAGGCUGGAGCCGUGCCGCCCCUGGUCCAGCUGCUCGCGGUCGGCUCCGCCCCGGUCAAGGACGCCGUCACGAAGGCGAUCGGCGUGCUCUCACAAAGCGCCGCGUGCCGCGAAGCCAUCCCAGACUUCCAGCACGAGGAGCAGGGCGCGAUUCCGCUGGUGGCGGGGUGGCUGCGCGACGCCAAGGCCGACUACUCGAAGCUGGUGUCGGCGCUGGCGCUCCAGGCCCUCGCGCAGGACAACAAGCGCAACCAGGAGCUCAUCGCGGGGGCGGGCGCGGUGAAGACGCUCGUCGCGCUGCUGAAGGAGGGCUCCGACGACUCGCGGAUCGCGGCGGCGGGCGCCAUCAUGAACCUGGCGACCAACGCGGGGAUCCGCGCGUCGAUCAUCGCGGCGGGCGCCAUCAUGCCGCUCGUGGCGCUCCUGAAGAGCAAGAUCCCCGCCGCGGGCAAGGCCGACGCCGAGCAGGCGCUGUGCAACCUCGUGAUGGACCCCAACGCGGACAAGGACAUGACGAAGGACCCCACGGUGGUGCAGGUGCUGGUCAACCUGCUCGAGGACGGAUCGAGCAAGGGGCGCGAGCUCGCGAGCCUCGCGCUGGAGGACCUGUGCCUGUACUCGGACGGCAACCGCCAGGUGGCCAUGGGGUGCGGGGCCAUCCCGCCGCUGCUGGCCGUGGUCGGCGGCGCGGGCACGGGCGCGGAGGGGCGGCACGCGGCCACGAAGUGCGUCACCGCGAUCGCCAUCUCGAAGAACUGCCGCGCGCGCGUCGGGAAGGACGGCGGCAUGCCCAUCAUCCUCGACCUGAUCAAGCAGGCGGAGAGCGACCGAUUGAAGAUGGUGGCCGCCAACGCCCUCGAGAUGGUCAGCACGGACAUUCAGCAGCACCAGGACGAGGCCGGGAAGGACAAGCCGGCGAUGGACCAGCUCCUGACGUUCCUCGACUUCCCGCCCACCGAGGCGGAGGCGGCAGCGUCGGCCGAGGCAGGCGGCAAGGGCAAGGACAAGGACAAGAAGGGCAAGGACGCGGCGCCCGUGGUGGCCGCCGCGAGCAGCCGCCCGGGCACGCGCACGGGGCUGACGUCGCGGACGGGCGGACGCAUCGCGGACGCCGAGGCGGAGGCCGAGGCGCUGCGCAUGCGCCUGCAGCAGGCUGAGGAGCGCCGCCGUGCCGCCGCCAUGGCCGUCGUGGCCCUCGCCGACACCAACCCGAACAUGCAGGAGACCCUGGGCCGAGCCGGCUUCCCGGAGAAGCUCGUGCGGCUCGUUGUGGGCUGCCGACCCGAGGACGGCCCCGACAUCUUCGAGAGCGCCGAGGGGCAGCACGAGGCGCGCGCCGCGGCCGCCUUCGCGCUGCAGCGCCUCGCGCGCCACCCGGCGGUGCAGGACAUGCUCCCGGGCCUGAACGCGAUCGAGCCACUGAAGAGCAUCAUGGCGGUGCCCGAGGAGCUCUCGCGCGUGUUGCGGAGCCCGGCGGCGGCCAACAACCCGGCGCUGCUGUCGCCCGUGAAGGACCGGCGCCCCGCGGGGGCCCCGGACGAGGACGGGUGCACGUGGAUCGUGCAGGAGGCGGCGGCGGCAGCGGUGGGCGCGUUUGCAGCGAAGAAGCACGUGGCGAACCAGAACGCGCUUGUGGAGGCCGGGGUGGUGCAGCCGCUCGUCGACGUGCUCGUGACGGGCCACCUGUCGGCGCGCAUCGAGGCCGCGGACGCGCUGCGGCACCUGGCGUGCGGGAACAAGGUCGCACAGGACGCCAUCGCGGCGGAGCGCGCGUCGAUCUUCGGCAUCGUGUCGCUGCUGAGCGUGGACGCGGACCGCGAGCAGCUCCCGCUGCAGGUGCGGCUGCACGCGCAGGAGGUCGCGGCGGCGGCGCUGCGGGACUUGGCGGACGGCAACAAGAACAACAUGGGGCUGAUCGCACUGGCGGACGCGAUCGAGCCGCUGGUGGACAUGCUGAUGACGGGGAGCGAGGAGGGCAAGGAGAUCUCCGCGACGGCACUGAAGAACCUCGCGGGCACCACGGACAACGUGCGGCGCAUCAUCAACGCCGGCGCCAUCGAGCCCAUGGUGACGAUGCUGCACUCCCCGAAGACGCACGACGACGGCCGGACCGCCGCGGCGGGCGCGAUCGGCUUCCUCGCGACGAACAGCAAGGCGACGCAGAUCCUGAUCGCCGUCAUCGGCGCCGUGAAGCCGCUCCUGGGCCUCAUGCACCAUGGCAGCGAGGAGGCCAAGGUCGCGGCGGCCAUCGCGGUGACGAACCUCGCGCGCGGGUACCUGCCGAAUCAGCGGGACGUGGACGAGAAGGGGGGCCUGGAGGCGCUGAUCCGGCUGCUAGGCGGCAAGGUGUUGACGGCGGAGGAGCGGGAGGCGAUGAUGGCGGCGGCGCUGGAGGAGGGGGCGAAGGACGCGGGCAAGGGCGGCAAGGGCGGGAAGGGGGACAAAGGGGGCGCGAAGGGGGCCCAGGGGGAGGGGUAUUCCUCGCAGCCGAUGCGGUGCCGACAGGCGGCGGCAGCGGCGGUGGAGAGCGUGUGCGACCUGAACCCCGGGUUGCAGGUCAAGGCACUCGAGCUCGGGAUGCUGGCGCCACUGGUGGACCUGCUGGUGACGGGGCCGGACCAGGCGCGCACGGCGGCCGCGCUGGCGCUCGGCGUGCUGUCGCAGUGCAUGCUCAACAUCGAGGAGAUCGCGCUGCUGCCCGGAAACGCGACGCGGCCGCUGAUCGACCUGUGCAAGGACGGGUCGACCGAGGGUCGCACGGCCGCGGCGCUGGCGCUGCACAACAUCGGCGCGGGAAGCGACGCGGCCCUGGAGCACCUGGUGCAGGUCGGGGCGCUGGACGCGGUCCUGGGGGUGAUCCAGAUCGAGGACACCAAGGCACGCACGACCGCGGCGAUGGCGCUGACGGUGCUGUGCCAGACGCCGCAGGCAAAGAAGAAGGCCGCCACGUCGGGCGCGUGCCCGCCGCUGGUCUCGCUGCUGGGGAACGACGACCACGAGAUCCAGGAGAUCGCCGCGCGCGCGAUCACGCAGAUUGCGUCCGCGCAGCCCGAGGCGCAGCUCGAGGUCUCCAAGGCGGGGGGUGUCCCGGCCCUGGUCAAGAACCUGCUGUCGCGCGCCGUGCAGGUCCGCGACUCCGCGGGCAUCGCGCUCUGGUCCAUCGCCGCGAACCCGACGUGCAAGGAGGAGAUCAUCGCGUGCGGGGCCUUCGAGCCCCUAGUCAAGGUCAUCGGCCGCGGCGCCAGCUCUCUUCUGAAGGGCAAGCAGCAGUCGAGCUUCGUGCCGGACACGACGCCGCCCGUCGCGGAGCGCGAGGUCAUCGUGACCGUCAAGGGCCUGAUGGAGCUGCUGAAGAACGGCACGGACGGCGGCCGCAAGGACGCGGCGUGGGGCCUGGUCAACAUUGCCUCCAGCGACCCCAACCGCCGCGCGGUGGCCAAGGCCGGCACCAUCCCGCUCCUGGUCAACCUGCUGGUGUACGGCACGUGGCGUGCGCAGGCCGCGGCGGCGUGGGCGCUGUGGCGGCUCACGUGCACCGAGGCCAUCAAGGAGCAGCUCACGGACCCGCGGUACCUCAAGAUCGUGGUCCAGGUCAUGGGCCACGGGAACGUGAGCGCGCGCAUCGCGUGCAUGGGCCUCCUCUCGGACCUCGCGCGGGAGUCCCCCUCGCGCCUCGCGCGCAUCGUGGAGGCCGGCGCGCUCCCCGUGAUGGUCGCCAACCUGACGGGGGCCACGUCGCCCAUGGUGGAGCGCGGCGCGGGGCUGGACCCGUCCGCGGUCGUGCUGCAGCCGACGCUCGACCUCUGUCUGUCGUUCCUGCCCUUCGAGCACCGCUUCUCGUCGCGCGUGACGUACGCGGCCAUGAUUGGCCGGCGGCGCGUCAACAUCUCCUGCAAGCUCAAGUUCGACGUGGACGCGCACAACAUGGGCGCCGAGAGCGCGAUCUGGCCCGUCAAGGACGCGGCGCUCUGGGCGCUGUGGCAGCUCGUCGACACCGAGCUCGCGGCGCGCCGCGCGGGGGUGUACGACAAGCAGGGCCCUGAGCACGCCUCGCGCGUGCUCUCCGGCGUGGUCAACAGCCCGGCGGUGAAGGCGGCGAUCGACGUCGUGAAGCACGGCGGCGACCACGGCAAGCACGGCGCCGCGGGUCUCCUCGGGUCGGUCUGCCAGGGCGGCCCCAGCGUGCAGACGUCGGUGGUGUCCCAGGGCGGGCUCAGCACGCUGAUGGAGCUGUUCGAGGACGCGGAGUCGUCGAACGCGACGGUCCGGCAGGUCGCGAAGUCGCUCGGGCUGAUGUGCCACGGCAACCAGGCCCUGUUCCAGCAGCUCAUCGCCAAGGGCAUCAUUCCCAAGGUGUUUGGCGCGCUGGACGACCGCGACACGUCGGCGCGGGAGGCCAUGCUCUGGCUCGUGCGCCUCGCCGCCGGCGCGAUCGAGGACAACACAGAGCUUCUCGCGUGCGUCCCGCAGCUCAUCGCGGUUCUCCUGCAGAAGGAGGGCUCCGUGGCGGCGUGGUGCUCGAAACGGUACGCCUGCGGCAUCCUCGGGCUGCUCGCGUACCGCAGCCGAUCGACGCAGGAGGAGCUCGCGAGCAUGGGUGCGCUCGGCCCCCUCAUGGCGAUCAUCGCGCACGACUUCUACGCGGAGCCCGUCCCCACGCCGGAGCCCAGCGUGCACGAGGACGAGGACGACGAGGACCCGGGCGGGUCCGCGCACGGGAAGAAGGACGCCAAGGGCGGGAAGGGCGCCCCGCCCGGGAAGGGCGCGCCCACGUCGCGGGCCGAGGGCGCCGGCGACGCGGAGGACGCCCCGCCGCGGCGCGAGGCGGCGGCGACGCCCGCUCCGCCGGCGGGGGACCUGGAGUCGCGCCGGAACGACCCUGCGGCGCACCCGUUCUGGGUGCAGUGCGUCGGCGAGGCGCUGGGGGCGUUGAAGAACCUGCUGUACGAGAACCACGCGCUGCAGGAGGAGGUGAUGCACGGGCUGGCGGUGGGGCCGGGGGGCGUGCCGACGACCGCGAGCGAGGACCGCCCGGCGACGCACAGCGGGAUGGAGCUGAUGCUGCUCGGGCUCGCGGUGCCCGACGAGGAGCCGCAGGCCGCGGCGUGCAACCUGAUGCGCACUGUGUGCCAGCACCCCAAGUUCCAGCAGCGCUUCCUGGAGGACGCCGAGUUCCUGCAGGCCAUGGUCGCGCUCGCGAACUUCUACCCCGAGGCCGAGCUCGCCGUGGAGAGCGUCGGCGAGGUGUCGAUGGCCGCCGGGCUGGGCGAGGGCGCCAAGUCGGAGGCUGGCGAGGACGUGGAGGGGAACGAGGGCGAGGGCGAGGAGGAGGGCGAGGAGGAGGGCGCUGCGGCGGCGCCGCCUGGGCUGAGCGAGCGCGUGGUGCUGACGCUGAACAUGCGGCCGACGUCGCGGAAGGCGAUGGAGGCGGUGGUGUCGGCGUGGGCGCAGUUCUGCAAGAGCAACGAGCCGAUGCAGGCGUACCUGGCGCAGAACGGCGUGGUGCGGCUGCUGGUGGAGAUCAUCUCGCACGAGGGCGUGCCGAACAGCGCGAAGAUGGCGGCGCUCGGCGGCCUCGUCAACGUCGGGCACAAGAACUUCGAAGUGCAGCGCACCAUCCACCGCGCGGGCGCCCUGCAGGCGCUCGCGGCGCUCAUCGAGCCCCUUGGCCGGCAGCUGCUCGGGGAGGGCCCGGGCGUCGUCACGGACCCCGCCGAGGCCAGCGGGGCGCGCAAGACGCGCGGGAGCGCAACGCACGUGCCCAAGGAGGAGGUAAUGAAGGCCGCGGCGUGGUGUUUGAUGAACCUCGCGGACUACCACAUCCAUGUGGACGUCAUCGCGAAAGAGCUCGUCAAGCGCCGCCUGAUCGACAGGUCCUCGGGCCUCUUCAAGUUCCUCAAGGCAGUCACCAUCAAACAGGCCGCCGCGCCCGCGCCCGCCGUCGCCACCGCGUAG